AUGGAUGGGAUCAAGCUAGAUCCGUUAUUCUACGGAUGGGAACGAGAUAGAGAUGGAUAUCUUGCACCUACAUCCGUAACAAAAGAAAUUGCCCCCUCUGAUAUACUAAAAAUGGUAUUCUGUAAUCGCAAGGAAGGAACAUGCAACAAGACAUGCUCCUGCAGAAAACUUGGAUUAAAAUGUUCUGCAAAAAUGUGGUCAAUGCUUAGGAAUGAUUUGCUGUAA